AUGGAGUCCUCCAAGCCAUCCUCCGGAAAAUCAUCCGUCCAACAUCCAAGCAUUUUGAAUCCUGUAACGGCAAAGUCGAACCUGACUUUUCACUUGUUCCCACAACUCCCCAAGGAAAUCAGGGAAAUGGUUUGGACGCAGAGUCUCACCUGCGAGCGUUAUAUCACGGUUGAGCUUUGGGCCGCAAGCCCGAGAGCUGGCGUAUUCGAUCUACAGAAAACAUUACCCCGCGACCCACCUAUCGAUAAACAGUACAUAUCAAUGCUCGUCAGUUCCCCCAGGCCUAGUGCUCUUUUCGGUACGAGUGCCGAAUCUCGUGCGAGCGCUUGUCGAUUCUAUAGGGUGCAUCUUCCUUGCUACGUCUCAAGGGGAUCACAGUCACUCGCACCGGCAACGUUUUGGUUCAACCCUGAACUGGACACUUUGGAAAUACACGGAUUGAGAAACUUUAUGAACUUUGAAAAUGACUUCUGGCGCCAUGACUGUCGAAAGGCAGGACUACGCAAUGUGUGUUUUGAUGCCAAAAGUUGUCUCUCCUUUGAUGACUUUUACCAACUUGCUGCUUCCAAAGACCAGCUUCGCCAAGCUGUUAGCCGACUGAAGCAUGUCACCUUCAUCUGGUACACUGAUAUGCACAGGGUGGACUCUUAUCUUCGUGCCCCUAGCCACCCGUUCCCACCGAACGACCCCCGUUCACUUCCUGUUGCAGGAGCUACCGGUAGCUUCUCAAGGCAGCCAGAUCCGCGUCCUAUCGAUGACCUCCUACGAAAUAAUGCCUUCAGACCUGUCUUUCGUCAUCUUGAGGGACACGCCAAGGACUGGAUGAACGGGUUUCAGCGAUUGAGAGCGAAAAGAGCAUGUGGCUUCAGAGUCGCAUAUACAACCGGCACACGUCGUACGCCAUUCAUUAUAGAUGAAGCGGACGCUAUGGAGUAUCUCAAGGACGAAGAGGAAAAGUGGCGAGAUAUGUGGGGCGUCUCAAAGCGGUCACUCCCUAGAGAAUCCGAAUUUCUGAACGGGGUCUCCGAGCAGCUUGAUAAUCAACUUCAAACCGCAUUUGGGUUUUGGACCGUUUCCCUCGAGCCUCAGGAUCGAGUUGCUAGUGACUAUUCACACCAGCCAGCCUUCCCGAAAAAUUACAAACCAGAGCUAUGCUUAUUUCACUUAUGA